AUGCUUCACAUCUGGCAGGUUUCAGGGGAAGAGUUGGCUACCAUACCUGCGAAGCAACUAAGCAGCGUGAAGGCCCUGAAGCGGUCCCUGCAGCACCUCUGUGGCUUCUCGCGCUUCAGGCAGCGGCUUCUGCACAAUGGCAGUGCCCUGGAUGAUAUGUCCACGCUCGAGGGGGACGCCGACCUGCAGCUGGUACUGCUGCCCUUCGUGCAUGGAUCGAAGCAGGCAGACGAACUGGCAGAUGCUGCUGGAAAUGGCCUGGUGUCCGUUGUUGAGGAGCUCUUGCAGCGGCCCCUAAAUCCGGACUCGGUGGACCAGAACGGAGAGACACCGCUCUACAGGGCUUGCCUCAUCGACUCAGCAGACACGGCGCGCCUUUUGCUGGAGGCGGGCGCUGACAAGGACCUGGCCUGUGGGCAGCACCAUUUGACAGCUCUCGUUGUAGCAUCUGGCCUUGGCCAUUUGGACACCGUGCGCGUGCUGCUCCAGGCUGGUGCCGACCAGGAGAUGUGCUGCGAUGGCCUCUGUGGGAGUGAUCAAGGCGCCGACUUGCUGCGGGAGGCAGGCAUCGAUGAGGGCCGGAUCGAGGCCAUCUGCGGACCGGAUGGUGUGACUGCUCUCGGUGCAGCAGCGAGCCAUGGCCACCUUGACACCAUGCGCCUCCUGCUCGAGUCCAAAUCCUACACUGCUUUACAGGCUUUACAUGUCUGA